GUGUGAAACCGACCACUCAAUUCAACUGAGGUCGGUUGAGUCGGUUUUGUAAAAAGAAGCUCAUAACAACUCAGUCAAAUAAACAGCCUUCAAACUGAGUUGGGCCGUGAAGUCGGAGUCGUACAAGGAGCUAAUUGGGCUUCAGGCCCAAAUAGGCAACGCGCGCGCUCUCAGAUACUCAUAGAUUUGUAUCAAAUUUUGAAAUGUGAGGGAAAUUGAAACUGAUAGGGGAAGGCUCUCUUGUUGUUCUUCUCUUCUAUUUGUUUUUCCUUUCCCGCACGGUGUGGAUUUCCAUGGAGUCAAUUGCAGCAGCCGUAGCCACUGUCUCUCUAGAAGAAGACGAUUGGGAGCUUUGCAACGACGAUGGCUUCGUCUACAAGCGGAAGAGGCGCCGGCUCGACCCCGCGGAACCCGUCGCAGCUCGCUCGUCGGCGGCUCAGGCCGUGGACCUUGAGGCGGAGGAGAAUCGGCGGCGCGACCGCAGGAGGAAGACGUUGUUGAAGGUUAGGGCGAAGUACCAGAGAGAGAUUGAGCAAUGGGAGGUUUUGUCGGGAACUUUGCGGGAGAUGGAGGAGAGGGCUCGGAAUCUGCAGGAACAGUACCGACGGCAUGGGGAACAAGGACCGCCGUCGCUACUUGAAGCUUCAUCGUUGACUGUUGUUCGAGAGAAGGAGCUUUCUUAUGCGUCAAUGGUGGACGAUCUUCUCUCUCAGUGUAAACUAUGCAGGUGGAAGCUCAGGACGCCCUCAUUAGCAAUGUUUCAAAGUUUUGUGAUAUAGCUGAAGCAUUGUGCCAGACGGAAGAAGACCGGUUGAAGCAGCGCCUAAUCGAUCUUCCCAUUUGGGGUUCACCCCGUGAGCUCCUGGCCUCAUUGUGUGACGAGUAAUGAUACAGGCAAUGAAGAGAAACAGCAACUGAGGACCUUCCUUUUGUAAGAUCUUACUAUGUAAAAACUAAUUUGAAUCUUAUAAAAUCACCAAUAUGUAGUUUACUUUUGUAACAAUAGAUGGUGAACUCCUAUGCGUGUGCCUCCCUCAUCAUGCUCGAUGACUUAGGAAUUUAGCACUCGAUGAAAAUAUUAGCAUGUUGUGAAUAUUUUAUUUUGUGGGUGUUUUGUUCCUCGUU